UUAGUCAAAACGGUGCAAAAACGUGAACGAAUUUAGUAAGCCAUAAGUCCGGGUCCUCAAAAACGACCAUGGAAGCAAGGAAAGUGCACAACAUGGACUUCCAAGAAGACAGCUCAAGUGGCACCACUGGCAAUGAUCUGGGCCAACGCUAUCGACAUGCUGGGGACUUAACCGGCGAGCCGCCAACCAGGCCAUUCGCAGAGAUCAGCAUUACUGUGCCCUGGGGACACAUAUCCGGAAAGUGGUACGGCCCUCAGAAUGUGCAACCCAUUCUGGGCCUGCACGGGUGGCAAGAUAAUGCGGGAACCUUUGAUCUGCUGAUGCCGCUGCUCUCCCCGGACGUGGCCUUUCUGUCGAUCGAUCUGCCCGGACAUGGAUUGUCUUCACGUCUGCCCGAUGGCUGCUACUACAAUUCUGUGGAUAACCUCUAUGUGAUACGUCUGAUCAUGAAGCAAUAUAAGUGGGAGAAGGUGUCGCUGGUGGGACACUCCAUGUCAUCCAUUAUUUGUUUCGUGUUUGCUGCCGUCUUUCCGGACAAGGUGGAUAUGAUCAUUGGGAUUGAUGCUCUUAAGCCGCACCAGCGACCAUAUCCUUCGGUCAUUCGGACCAUGGAGACUCGCCUGGACGAGUUUCUGCGGGAGGAUGAGCGCAAUCGGAGCAAGAAUGAGCCGCCCAGCUACACCUAUGAUGAGAUUAUCGAGCGCGUCUAUCUUGGCACAUUCCACUCGGUAAACAAGGAGCACUGCAAGCACAUGAUGGCCCGCAACAUCCAGAAGUCUGAGAAGUACCCAGACAAGUACUUCUUCUGUCGUGAUCGUCGCCUUAAGUUCUAUAACUAUGCCAUUGGAUCCCAGGAGCUGUGCGUGGAGAUGGCCCAUAGGAUCAAGUGCCCGUAUAUGUUCAUCAAGGCCACCCAGUCCUCGUACUUUGAGGACAAAAAGUACUACGACGAGGUGCUCGCUGUUCUGCUAAAGAAGCCCAACUUUGAGUACGUCGAGGCCAAUGGCUCGCACCAUGUGCAUAUGAACAGUCCAGAGGCCAUCAUUGAACCGGUCAAUAGCUUCAUUCAACGUUUUGGACCGGCAGCUGCGGCAGCGGAGCGCCAAAAGGCCAAGGAGGCGAAGGAGAGCAAGCUCUAGAGUAUCAGUAUCAGGCCAUACGCCCAUAGCACACACACACGCGCACGCACAAUACCAAACGGGUCAAAUGGGGCUUAUUUAUCGUUGCACAGAUUGCACAGGUUUUUUUAUACUUAAUUGUUGAUUAUGUGAUCGAAGCAGAAGGCUCAGCACAGCUCUGCUCUGCUCUGCACUCUGCUAAAAAUAUACAAUGUACAUAUGCCGAA